UUGAUAUUUUGAAGCCCAAACCCCAGCCCAUUUAUCCUGGCCUGUUCCAUAAAUGGGCCGGAAAUUAAAAAUCCAGCCCAUCUUGUGACUGACUCAUUCGAAUAUCCGACUCUAGUACUACCGACUAGUCAGAAACCCACGCGACCAGUGCCAGUGGCGUCGUCAGUUCACUCGCUUCGCUUGGAAAUCGCUUCGGCUUCGCUUCUCCGCCUCGAAAGCGACAAAACCCCAACAGCGAUGGCUGUGCCCGACGAGGUCGCCGCCGACGCCGACGCCGAGGUUGAGGAGGAGGAGCCGGAGGAGGUGGAGUGGUUGUCGUCGUCGUCGGACUCGGAGCCGGAGCACCCGGCGCUCAAACAGUGGACCCCUUCAUCACCCGACUCGGAGGAGGCGGAGGCGGAGCAGCAGCCGUCGGCGCCACAGCCGGCGAGCUCGGUGUCGGCGGGGAAGGAAGAUGAGGGGGAGGUGGGGUUGGAGGAAGGUGAGGUGGGGAAGCCGUUCAGAUGGCCCGGGUGGCCCGGCGCGAGCGUGUUCCGGCUGGUGGUGGCGACGGACAAGGUGGGUGGCCUCAUCGGGCGGCGGGGCGACACCAUCAAGCGCCUCUGCGAGGACACCCGCGCACGCGUCCGCGUCCUCGAAGCCGCCGCCGCCGCCGCCGCCAACCGGAUCGUGUUAAUAUCUGCAACAGAAGAAUCUCAAGCAGAGUUACCUCCGGCUAUGGAUGCUGCAAUUAAGAUCUUCAUGCAUAUAAAUGAUAUAGAGAAGAUCAAUUGUGAUGAUACAUUAUCUGGUUCUGCACCAGAAAAAUGUUCUGCUAAAUUAUUAGUCCCUUCAGCACAAGCCACACACUUAAUUGGCAAGCAAGGAGUCAGGAUCAAGUCAAUUCAAGAAACUACCGGUGCUACUGUAAAGAUUAUAGAUAAAGUUGAGCUUCUGAGUUAUGAUGUAGUGGAUGAGAGAAUUGUGGACAUACAUGGUGCUCCCCUCAAAGUUCUCCAUGCCCUAAAAUCUGUACUCGGAGUUCUCAGGAAGUUCCUAGUUGAUCACGGUGUGCUUCACCUAUUUGAAAGAAAGAACCAAGCAGUAGGUGAGGCACAUGAUAAUUCUAAAGAAAAUCAAGUAAAUCAGGUUGCCAGUGAUUAUCGUCUUCCAGUGAACAAGGACAUAUUGUUACCUGACCAUCGAACUCCUCUUAACCCAAAAGUCAGCAGAUAUUUGUUGUAUGGCCGAGACCCAUCUGUUUGUGAUCCAUAUUUAUCUGAUCCCAGUCACCAAGCCAAUGCCAUAAUACAACAGAUAACACAAACAAUGCAGAUCCCGUUGCCAUUUGCUGAAGAGAUAAUUGGUGCAAGGGGACAAAAUAUUUCUUAUAUACGUUCUGUCAGUGGGGCAGUUGUUGAUCUUGAGGAAAGUAGAGAUUAUCCGAAUGAGGUUUUAGUUAUGAUCAAAGGCAGUUCUUCACAGGUUCAAACUGCACAUCAACUUGUACAGGAGGUCUUAUCAGGCAAUAAAGAGCGACCUUCUGGAAGCAGCUACAUCAAUCUUGAUUCUGGCCCAAAGUUUCUGAUCUCUGGACAUAUCAAUCCAGUAAACCGGGAUCACUUGGCAUCAUACCGCGUCCAUCAACCGUACAUUGUUCGAUAUGGAUCUUCAAGCUUACCGCGGUUGAGAGGAUACAGGCUGUAGCAAGCAAAACUAACUGCACCUAUAGCCUCAUUGCUGUGUCCUGUGUCAAACAAUGACCACCAGGCGCCUGUGGGAGAGGAUGAAGCGGCUGUGCUUCCAGUAGAUGCUUAGAUAAUUAAAUAUGGUAAAGUUUGUGUAUUCAGUUGUCAGUCAGCAGAAGCAAAUCCUAAAUUGUGUUAAAUUCUAGUACUCCGUAGUAGUAAUCUAGUCUAGUUUUUAACUUCACUGAAGCUCCCCAUUUCUGUAUGGAGAAGUUCUACCAUGUCGGAAGAAGGGCUCUGUAAGUUGUAUAUAUACACCAUUAGUAGAACUGCAGUUGUUACCAGGAGCUACCUGGCAUCUUAUCGUAAAUUUUCUACUA